AUGACGGAAGGGAACAGCACGGUAUGCCCUCCGUCGGAUAUGAUCCUGCUGAGCGGACUUUGGGCUAAUGAAAUUGACAUUGAGGUGUUGUCGGAAUUCCUUUUUCCCGUCCUAAUCAUGCAGACUUCGGUGAUAUUAGCGCUCACUCGCUUCUUGGCCUACGCCCUCAAGCCUUUCGGCCAGCCCAGAGUCGUCGCCGAGCUCAUCGGUGGCAUACUGUUGGGGCCGGCGGCCUUUGGGAAGCUUACUUACAAUAGCGCCUCGGCCGAGAAUGCAGGGAGCCCACGAACAUCGGUGGUUAAACCGCUUUACAGAUUCCUUUUUCCCCCGACGAGCUAUACCUUGAUCGAGGCUAUCGGCUUCUUGGGGCUCAUCUACUACGUCUUCCUAGUCGCAGUCGAGCUCGACGUGAAAGUGUUCAGGGUGAUGGGCAGGAAGGUGGUGGCCAUCGCGAUGGCCAGCCUAACCCUCCCUCUGCUUGCGACCGCCGCCAUCGUGGCGGUCUUCGGUUUACCUGCCCCUAUGGCGAACAACAGCUAUAAGGCGUCCGGCACGGAGCAAGCCGCUUUCGUCCUGCUCCUCAGCUUCGCGCUCUCGAUCACCGCCUUCCCGAUCCUGGCGCGACUCCUCGCGGAGCUCAAGAUCCCGAAUCCCGAAGUCGGUCAGGUCGUCCUGCCGUCGGCCUUGGUCGGCGACGUGGUGUCGUGGCUCCUCCUCGCGCUGUGUUUUGCCCUUAUUGGGCCUGGCGACAAGGCAGCUGCUCAUGAGUACCUUGCGCCCUUUUGGAUGGUGCUCGCCGCAGCCUGUCUUGUGCUCGUGUGCCUGUACAUGGUCAGGCCGCUCCUGGAAUGGACGUUGCGGCAGAUGCCGGAAGGCGAGCCGGUGAACAACGUGUACAUGGGUUUGGUGCUCAUCUUCGUGUUGGGCGCCGCCCUGGCCUCGGCGACCGUCGGAUUCCACCCCGUGUUUGGCGCCCUCGUCUUGGGGCUGGCGGUGCCCAAGGGGCCGCUCACCACAACCCUGAUCGAACGGCUCGACGACUUCGUCAUCGGCUUCAUGCUGCCGUUCCUCAUCGUCGGCUGCGGACUCAAGGCCGAUGUGGCAUCCCUUAUGAGACCGGAGGGAAACGAGCCGACGCACUACAUGUUCUGGCUAGGCUGCAUCGUCGUGGUUGCGACGUUGGCCAAGGUGGCCGGAUGCAUGAUCAUCUCUUCCUUCUAUUCGAUGCCGCGCUCUCAGGGGUUGUCGCUCGGGAUAUUGAUGAACACGAUGGGCCCGGCUCAGGCGAUCAUCCUCAACAUGGGCAAGAGCGAAAAGGUCUUUAACCAGAAGAUAUACGCGUUGCUGGUGGCCUCGUCGGUCAUCUCCACGGCACUGGUGGGCCCGCUGGUAACAGCCCUCGACAGGAAAUGCCGCGGCCCGGCCAUUUACAAGCAGCGCAACCUGGAGCUCUCGAGGCGGGACUCCGACCUGCGCCUGGUGGCGUGCGUCCACACCGUCCGCAACGUCCCUUCCGUCAUCAGCCUCCUUCAGCUCUCUAACCCCACCCACGACUCCCCGCUCUUGGUCUCUGCCGUCCACCUCGUUGAGCUCACCGGCCGCACCCCUCCCAUGCUCAUCGUCCAUGAAGCUGGUGCCAUUGGCACCCUCACGAGAAGGAACACCGACAACGCACCCCCGGACCUCGUGCACUCCGAACCGAUCGUUUCUGCCUUCGAGAAGUACCAGCAGCACGCCGGAUGCGUCACCCUCCAGGCCCUCACUGCUGUCUCUGCCUACUCGUCCAUGCAUGAGGACAUCUGUAACAUCGCCGCGGACCACCAGGUCUCCCUCAUCGUCCUCCCCUUCCACAAGCUGCUCACGGUGGACGGCGAAAUGGAGGUCAUCAACCCUGCCAUCCGCGCCGUCAACCAGGGCGUCCUCACUAACGCGCCCUGCUCCGUCGGAAUCCUCGUCGACCGCGGCCUGGGCGAGCACGGGAAGUUCGCCAAUGCCGGGCAUCACACGCCCCUCCACGUUGCGAUCCUCUUCUUUGGCGGCCCCGACGACCGCGAGGCGCUCAUGUACGGGCGCCGGUUUCUCGAGCAGCCAGGGGUCGUCCUCACCGUCGUCCGGUUCCUCCCCAGCUACGAGGCUGAGGCGCCCGCCGCCGCGCCGACCGUAUGGCCGGCCAAGGUGGACCGGCUGUGGGACGACGAGUGCAUCAGGGACUUCCGGCUUCAGUUCGGGGACAACGCGUCGGUCUCGUACACCGACAAGGUGGUGAGCGACAGCUCGGCAACAGUGGCGGCUAUCCUGUCCAUGGGCAGCAUCUACGACUUCUACGUGGUGGGCAGGGCGAGCGGGGGGGGCUCGCCACUCGUGGUAGGCAUGACGGAGUUCACCGACUUCCCUGAGCUGGGACCGAUUGGGGACUUGCUGGUAUCAUCGGACAUGGGGGCGAUGGUGUCGGUGCUGGUGAUGCAGCAGUACGUGGAGGAACGGAUAGAGUGA